GAGCCAGCCGCCGGUGGAAUCCGAUCUAGUGGAGCGCAGUAGUUCAAAAUUUUGAGUUGCGAUUCUUUGUUCGGAGAAGAAGAAAAUUCUCGCCGGUUUCCUCCACUCAAACCCUAGUCGAUCAGCGGAGAUCCUGUAGCCAUGGCGAGCACUAAGGUUCAGAGGAUUAUGACCCAGCCCAUUAACCUGAUCUUCAGGUUUCUUCAAAGCAAAGCUCGGAUUCAGAUUUGGCUGUUUGAGCAGAAGGAUUUGAGAAUUGAAGGCCGAAUCAUUGGAUUCGAUGAGUACAUGAACUUGGUGUUGGAGGAUGCUGAGGAGGUCAAUGUCAAGAAGAAGAGCAGAAAGUCUCUUGGGAGGAUUCUUCUUAAAGGAGACAACAUUACGCUGAUGAUGAAUACGGGAAAGUGAGCUACUUCCUCUUUGGACCGCCAUGUGUAGACAAUACGAGUGUGCAUGAAAGUGGAGGCUGUAAGUUCAUCCGGGGUUGUCGAAUUUCUGUAGAAGACUGAUUAAUCAGAACGUAUGUUUUUUAUGUUCAGGUCGGGUCUGUACUGUAUGGCAAGUUUUAGUAGUUCGUGUUGAUGAACGAUUUCCAAAUCAUGAGAAAGUAGUAUCUGUACGUUUAACCUCCCUUGUUUAUCUAUGGCAAUUGGCAAGUUGUAGUUAUCCUCUUUACACAUUCCAGUUUCUUUGGACUUCUUUCAUGUAGUUCUGUAUGGCCUGUACAACUUCGGCUACCAAAUUAUCAUUAGAAAGUAUCGAAUCUCUGGGUGUCUCAAUGAUGAUAGUAGUGAGAUCCUUUCAAACCACAUAAAUUAGCAGUGAAGAUUCGGUCGUUUGCCUAUACUACUGUGUUUUCUGCUUACCAGGACAAAGUAUCGAAUCUCUCGCAGUCUCAAUGAUGUGAGCAAGGCUGUUCGCCUAUUCCUUCAAACCACAAAACUUAGCAGUAAAGAUUCAGUCCUUUUGCUUAUGUUUUAGGGUACCAAAGUAUUCACAUAUGGUUCGUCAUUUGAGUUCAAGGUUCGAGUUAUCAAGCUGCAUGCCAAUCAAUCUAGUAAGAACUUCAGAUAAAUGGUUAAUUUGUUCAUCGUUCGAGGUCACGAGCUGCUGUUUCAUGCCAAGCAAAGGAGUCGGAAGUGUGUUUGGUUGGAAAAUUGGUGCAUUUGUUCGUCGUUCGAUUUCACGAGCUUCUGUCUCUUGCCUAUCAAAUAUCAAUGGUGUAUAACAGACAGUGGAAGUGCAGUAAGUAGUCUGAAUGAUAUACUUUAGAAAAGGUUUGCGUCAUGAGUCAUGUGCAUCUCUGGGUUUGCUACUUUGCUUGCAUUAAGUUAGGUAUUUAUUGGAGACAAUAAAAUCAGAAUAAAUGUGUACUGACACCAUUACCGUUACAGGCACUCAUUUUCUUUUCUUCCCAUUCUCAUGCUGUCUUUCUGCAUUUGCCCUUCCCAUGAAGCAUCGUAUCGAAUGAAGAAUAUAGUUACAU